AUGGAGAAGAGUGAGAUAGGGAAGAGCGGGGAAGGAUUUAUUGAUAGGAGUAAGGUGAGGAUUUUGGUUUGCGAUAAUGAUACGAAGAGUUCCGAGGAGGUUUUUACGCUUCUCUGUAAAUGUUCUUAUCAAGUGACUUCAGUGAGGUCUCCAAGACAAGUGAUUGAUGCACUAAACGCCGAAGGGCCUGACAUAGAUAUCAUUCUUUCUGAAGUUGACCUUCCUAUGUCCAAAGGACUGAAGAUGUUGAAAUACAUCAUGAGGGACAAAGAGUUACGACGCAUUCCGGUGAUCAUGAUGUCAGCACAAGAUGAGGUCUCGAUUGUUGUCAAGUGCCUGAAAUUCGGAGCAGCUGACUAUCUUGUCAAGCCAUUACGAACCAAUGAGUUAUUAAAUUUGUGGACUCAUAUGUGGAGAAGAAGGCGAAUGCUUGGACUAGCAGAGAAGAACAUUGUGAAUUAUGAUUUUGAUAUGGUAGUAUCGGAUCCUAGUGAUGCUAAUACCAACAGCACUACUCUGUUCUCCGAUGACACGGAUGACAAGUCUCGAAAGAGUAUCCAUCCGGAGGCUUGUGUUUCGACUCAUGAGGAAGAUGAGAGUAAUGCUACUGCUACUCCUAUUGAGACUCCAACUGGGGCCUCUUCAGAGUGUCAGCCUGAUGUGCCAGGAAUUAGUGACAGGCAGACAGGGAAAAUUUCAUCGUUUCCAAAGAAGAGUGAGUUAAAGAUAGGUGAGUCUUCGGCCUUUUUCACAUACAUCAAAUCAAGCACACCCAAAAGCAACAACCACGGGGAUGCCUCUGUUUGUGAAAAUGUGCCUCAGAACUUGAGGAUCAAGGAGAAGCUCACUACAAUGAAUGGGCAAGUGGGUGCUGAUAUCCAAGGACAUGACAACAGAGAUUCCGUGGAAAGUCAUUCUCAAGGAGAUGAUUAUCCAAGCAGUAAUAGUAUCCCUGAUUCUUUUUCUAUGGAGAGAUCUUGUACUCCUCCCAUAUCGCUGGAAACCUCUCAACAGAAGAACUCAAAUGAGGAGUUUUCUCAGGUGCAUAUGCAUCCAAGAAAUGGAUCUCCCAAUGAUGGUGUAGGUUUCCAUACAAAUCCUGCCUAUCCUUAUUAUAUGUCAGGAGUAAUGAAUCAAUUUAUGAUGUCAUCAGCGGCUCUGUAUCAAAAGAACCCACAACCACAAGAUCUGCACUUUCACACCAAUUCUGCUAUAUUACCUCAAUACAAUCAUAAUCCACACUAUGCUAGUCAUGUCCCUGGAAUGGCAUCUUAUCCUUACUACCCUGUUGGUAUAUGCCUACACCCUGGCCAGAUGCCUACAACAAUGCAUACAUGGUCCUCACAUGGAAGUGCAUCCUCUAAUGAAGGAAAGUUAAGCAAUGUUGAUCGUAGAGAGGCCGCUUUAAUGAAAUUCAAGCAGAAGCGGAAGGAGAGAUGUUUUGACAAGAGGAUCAGGUAUGUCAACCGUAAACGACUUGCGGAACGUAGACCUCGUGUGAAGGGACAGUUUGUUCGAAAGAGGAUGAUGCUUGCCACUAAUAAACUUCAUUUAGAAGUCUAUAAAUUUAUGUGGUUGUGUGAUGUUGGUUAA